AGAAGAGUCUAUACAACACUUAUUUUUGGAUUGCUCAAUCACACAAACUAUGUGGUCAGAUUCUUUCAAAGAACUGUAACCUCACCAAAAUUCCAUCUUUCUUUCUUGGCUAUCUGGGAUCAAAUCAGGGACGGAGGAAGAUAAGAAAAAAUUGCAGCUCUCUUGUGGACUGUUUGGAAGGCUCGAAAUGAGCUUAUCUGGAACGAUAAACGCCUUAGCUCCUCAGAAAUACAGUUUUUGGCCUUAAAGCUUAUACAUGACUGGACUUCUCCUACUCAGAAUCUCUAUUCAGCAGCUGAGCCCGAUCGACUUCAACUCAUGGCUUAUACUAUUCCAGAAAAUAAUGUGGUGUGCCACGUGGAUGUUGCCGUUGACCCACAGACAGGGAAAGCUUACUUUGGAGCGGUUAUUUGUUCCAUAACUAACGAUUUUAUUGCAGCUAAAAAUGACCCUCUUCGGUAUACUAUAGACCCACACACGGCUGAAGCAAUGGCAGUGAAAGAAGCCCUCUCGUGGAUGAAGAAUGAAGCUUGGACAAAUAUUCGGGUGGAGAUGGAUUGUCUCAAUGGGUGUAAUUUUUUGAAUGUUCCAACUCAGGAUUUUUCUUAUGCAGGUGCCAUCAUUUCCAGCUGCAGAUCUUUAGCAAGACAGUUUAAAAAGGGUCUAGUCUGGUAAACGUCUGGUCUCUGUGUAUUUUAUAACUACGGAAGUUAAGUUUGGUCUGAUCUGGUCUGGGACUGAAAACAGUCCAAAAGAAAACAUCCAAGUUGUGAUAUUCUAAUUUUGUUUUGCACUUCCAUAAAGUAAAUUUCUUUUUUUAUCACAUUAGAUUUCUAUAUAUGUAAAUUUUACAUGUUAAUACGGAGUACUAAGUUAUACCUUAUCAAAAUAAAUAUUUU